GCAGAAGCAUUGCGAGAAGGCAGUCGAUGGCAGCGGGGCCACCGCCACCGACUACGAGCAGCUCUUCGCGGCGCUGGGCAAGACGGGGGCGGCGGAGCUGGCGGAGCAGCCGCAGCUGACGACGGGCCUCAACUUUCAGCAGCGGAACAAGAGCGGCUCAAGGCAGGAGGAGUACCUUCUGACGCCGACGAAGCUACAGGUAAGCGGCGGCUGGAGAUCUGCGCCAGCCUUGCCGACUCAGCAGCCAAGCGGCCGCGGCGUUCCCAACCACGCUGGCGCCGCACAGGGUAAUAAGAAGAAUAACAAGUUCGAGCAGCUCACGGUCUGUACCUUCAGCGGCUCGGGCUGGGGCACGACCGAGGAGAAGCUGGGUGAGGAGGCGGAGGGUCGCUUGCUGCUCUACGCAGUGCAGGGGCAUCACCUCACCAAUGACAAGUGGCCCGUGGCCACGCAGAGCAUGAAGGCGCAGGGUUGCCAAUUGGGUGGCGCCGCAGCUGCGCCUGCCACGGGGCCAACAGGCGAGGCGGGCUCGUCUGCUGGAGUUGCGGCGGCG